CACACCCUUUACAGCCUCUCGAGGUGGAAAAUUAUAAUAAGGAUUGCGGCAGCAAAAAUAAUAUCAGAGAAUAACAAAAAGGAAGAAAAACAUCGUCUCAUCACUAAGCUGAUUGCGUGCAAAAUGUGCGGGUCCUUGCGCGAAUAUUGCAAUCUGUAUUGCCUCGACACUCGUCUGACACAUCAUCAGUCGAGAGGCGGGAUGUUGAACACAUGGAAUAUUAAGGCAACUAUGGUUUCUAAAUAUAAUGAGUAUAUGGAUUUGUACUUGUCGUCUCAGUUGUGCCUUUUCACUGAUAUUUACUCUGAAUAUCAACUUAAUAACGGGUGGAACAAAAUGAGCAAAUCUUCAUGUCAACAAACAUUUUUUUUGGGAAAUGAUGUGCCGCCUUCCAACAUUUCUCGAAGUAAUAGAGCAUAA